AUGUUUAAGGGAGGCGACAUAAUGAUCGGGGGGAUUUUUCCAGUUUUCAACAAAGAAAUAACGAACACUUCUUCAUUUAAGGUGGAGCCUCUUAAAGUAAUGUGUGAAGGAUUUGAUCUGCGUGCUUUUCGAUGGACUCAGGUGAUGAUAUUCGCAAUUGACGAGAUCAACAAAGAUCCUUCUCUCCUUCCAAACAUUUCUCUUGGCUACCGGAUCCUUGACUCAUGUGCCUCUCCUACUAACACCGUUCGUGCUGCUUUAACACUGGGAAGUGAACCAGACGGGAUGGAGGCGACUUCGCCUUGUCCUCCAGCAAUAUCUGCCCUCGUUGCAGAGUCCGGAUCAUCUCAGUCCUUAGCUGUUGCUGAAACUCUUGGACCAUUUAAAGUGCCAGUAGUGAGUUACUUCUCAACAUGCGCCUGUCUCAGUAACAGAGCUAAAUACCCAACUUUUUUCCGAACAAUUCCCAGCGACUACUUCCAGGCAAAAGCCUUGGCAGCUCUGGUUAAACACUUUGGUUGGGAGUGGAUCGGAGCCAUACAGUCAGACAACGACUACGGACGAAACGGGGUUCUCGCAUUCGCCGAGGAGGUUAAAAAACUAAAGAUUUGCAUCUCUUUCAUCGGUACGGUUCUUCGAACUUAUCCUCUGGAUAAAAUUCUCAAAGUUGUAGAAAUGAUCAAACAGUCAACUGUCAAAGUCAUUCUGGCUUUUGUUCCUGAGGGUGACUUUUACCCUUUGAUGAAGGAGAUAGUGAAGCAGAACAUCACAGGAAUCCAGUGGAUUGCCAGUGAGGCGUGGAUAACAGCUGCACGGCCCUCCACGGCUGAAAUGUACCAAGCUUUUGGCGGAGCGUUGGGAUUUGUCGUUCAGAAGAUGAACAUCCCAAAUCUGAAUCCAUUUCUUACAAAUAUUAACCCUUACAGAGAUCCAAGUGAGCCUUUUGUGAAGGAUUUCUGGGAGAUAAUGGUUGGCUGUAGACCUUUUUCAAAUGUGUCGGACACUGGUGCGGCUAAGACGUGCACAGGCAAUGAGACGUUGAUGGAUCACACCCAGGAUGUGUUUUUCAACGUCUCACAGCUCAGAGUGACCUAUAACGUGUACAAAGCUGUCUAUGCUAUUGCACAUGCUCUUCACCAGCUGGUGUUCUGCCGACCAGCAGGAGAAAAAAAUGUCAAGCCAUGUUUGAAUGUGUCUCAGAUUCAUCCGAAAGAGGUUUCCUAUCAUCUACAAAGAGUGAACUUCAGGAACCAGCUUGGAGACGAUGUGUUUUUUGACGAGAACGGCAACCCUCCUGCUUCCUACGACAUCAUCAACUGGCAGCUCGUAAACGGCCGGGUUCAGCAUGUGACCCUGGGUCACUUCACAUCCACUAAAAACGGAGAGUACACACUGAGCAUACAGGAAGACAACAUAGUGUGGAGGACAGGAAGAAAUGUUCCUACGUCACUGUGCUCUAAAGUUUGUCCAACAGGGACGAGGAGAGCUCAAAUCAGAGGGAAACCAGUCUGUUGUUUUGAUUGCGUUCCAUGUGCAGAAGGAACAAUAGCCAACUUCACAGGUGCAACAGAGUGCGUGGCCUGUCCACUUGAAUACUGGUCCAAUGAUAAACGAAGCGAGUGCAUUCCAAGAGAAAUCGAGUUCCUGGCGUAUCAUGAGCCCAUGGGAGUGGCGCUCACAGUGGUGGCCUUGCUCGGCGCCUCCUUGUCUCUGCUCACGAUGAUGGUUUUUAUCCACUACAGAGAAACUCCUGUAAUAAAAGCCAGCAACUCAGAGCUGAGCUGCUUCUUGCUGCUCUCUCUCUUCCUGUGCUUUCUCUGCCCUCUGACCUUCAUCGGCAGACCCACCGUCUGGACCUGCAUGCUGCGCCACACCGCUUUCGGAGUGACAUUCGCACUUUGCAUUUCCUGUGUGCUAGGGAAGACCAUCGUGGUCGUGACAGCGUUCAAAGUCAUACACCCCAACAACAAACCCGCAUUAGGGCAGUUUGGUCCGAUCCAGCAAAGAAUUAUAGUUUGCUCCUGCACUUUGAUUCAAGUAAUUAUCUGCAUACUGUGGCUGAAGCUAAAUCCACCAUUUCCUGACAGGGUUUUUAAAAACAGCAACAAGAAGAUUGUGCUGGAAUGCAACACGGGGUCAGAGGUCGCUUUCUACGCUGUACUGGGAUACAUCGGGAUUCUUUCAGUGAUAUGUUUAAUCCUUGCGUUUCUAGCAAGAAAACUGCCCGAUAACUUUAACGAAGCCAAGUGCAUCACGUUCAGCAUGCUGAUAUUCUGCGCCGUCUGGAUCACUUUCAUCCCAGCGUACGUCAGCUCUCCUGGAAAGUUCACCGUCGCUGUGGAGAUAUUUGCAAUCCUGUCAUCAGCAUUUGGCUUGUUAAUAAGUAUUUUUGCACCGAAAUGUUACAUCAUCUUGGUGAAGCCAGAGAAAAACACAAAAAAGUAUGUUAUGAGAUUAAAUGCUGGUCGAAAAUAUGGUUUGGAAAGAAAAUAUCAAAUUGACAAUGUGUUCACAAUUCCAGUGAAUGAGUAA